GCUGUUUCUAGUUUAUUCUCGUCUCCAGCGAUGCCUUUUUAGUGAGAUAAAUGCUCUGACUGGGAAAAUGAUUUGAUGAUGAUCAAAUUUGACCAAAUAUGAUUAUCAAAAGUACAAAUCCCGGAAAUCUGUGCCUCAUCCUGACACACCGGCCUGUGAUGAGUGCAGAUUCCUGACUGACCAUGUGCGCUGUUAGGUAACAUAACGGCGCACAGAGGAGCCACUGCUGAGCCUCUACCCCUCCCAAAGACAAACAGGAUCUGAACUUUGGGGUCAUGGACUCCCUUUCCAUCACAGAAGAGACAAUUCUUGAGUGUUAUUAGCGGAAGUGGUUAAUAAUAGCUGACAAGAAAGCCAAAUUGUUCUCUUAGUGGAGCCUUGUUCUUACAGAUGAAGCCAGAACAGAGACUCACCAUCCUCUGAUAAACAAUGAUUCCCAUCACUGAGCUGCGGUACUUUGUGGAUACUCAGCCUGCGUACCGCAUUUUGAAGCCAUGGUGGGACGUAUUCACAGACUAUCUGUCUGUCGUGAUGCUGAUGAUUGCAGUGUUUGGAGGAACCUUGCAAGUCACCCAGGAUAAGAUGAUCUGCCUGCCUUGCAAAUGGGUGGUAAAUGAAACUUGUCGAAAGUAUUUUGAGGCUGCCUUUGAGCCACAGGGAAUCCGAUACGACCUUGACAGACACCAGUACAACUAUGUCGAUGCUGUGUGCUAUGAAAACAAGCUUCACUGGUUUGCUAAGUAUUUCCCAUAUUUGGUGCUGCUGCACACACUGAUCUUCCUGGCUUGCAGUAACUUUUGGUUUAAGUUUCCCUGGACUAGUUCCAAACUGGAACAUUUUGUCUCCAUUCUUUUGAAGUGUUUUGAUUCUCCAUGGACCACACGAGCAUUGUCUGAGACAGUGGUGGAGGAAAGUGAUCCUAAAGCUCUAGGGAAAAUGAAUGGCUCAAUUGACAAAAAGGCAUCAUGUGUAAGUGAAGAUGUGGAAGCCAGUGUUUCCAUGCUGUCUACCACCAAGUCUCGUUUUGAGCAGGGGAUUGUCGAUCACUCUGAAACUGGUGUCCUGGACAAAAAAGAGGGUGAACAGGCUAAAGCACUGUUUGAAAAGGUUAAGAAAUUUAGGCUUCAUGUUGAGGAAGGAGAUAUUGUCUACAGACUUUACAUCCGACAAACAAUUAUCAAAGUUGUUAAAUUCAUCCUUAUCAUCUGUUACACUGGCUACUACGUCCACAAUAUUCAAUUCAGUGUUGAUUGCAGUGUGGACAUUGAAAAUCUUACUGGUUAUCAGAUGUUUAAUUGUGCCCAUCCACUUGCCACACUUUUCAAAAUUUUGGCAUGUUUCUACAUAAGUCUUGUUGUUGUGUAUGGGAUGAUCUGCAUGUAUACCCUCAGCUGGAUGCUCCGGCGUUCCCUCAAGAAAUACUCCUUUGAGUCUAUCAGAGAAGAGAGCAGCUACAGUGACAUUCCAGAUGUGAAGAAUGACUUUGCUUUCAUGUUACACAUGAUUGACCAGUAUGAUCCCCUCUAUUCAAAGCGCUUUGCUGUCUUCCUCUCAGAAGUCAGUGAAAACAAACUUCGCCAGCUUAACCUCAACAAUGAGUGGACCCUGGACAAGCUUCGACAAAGAAUCACUAAGAACUCUCAAGAUAAGUUAGAGCUGCAUCUGUUUAUGCUUAGUGGAAUCCCAGAUACAGUCUUCGACUUGCUAGAGCUGGAGGUUCUUAAGUUGGAGCUUAUCCCUGAUGUCACCAUCCCCCCUAUUAUUGCCCAGCUCAUAAACCUGACAGAGAUGUGGUUGUACCACACUCCGGCUAAAAUAGAAGCACCAGCCCUUGCAUUUUUGAGAGAAAACCUGAAAUCUUUGCACAUAAAGUUCACCGACAUUAAGGAAAUACCUCUUUGGAUCUACAGUUUGAAGAACCUGACAGAGCUGCAGCUUACAGGGAAUCUCAGUGCUGAGAACAAUCGCUACAUUGUGAUUGACGGGCUGCGAGAACUAAAAGGUCUCAAGGUACUUAGACUGAAGAGCAACCUGACCAAACUGCCACAGGUUGUCACUGAUGUUGGAAUGCACCUGCAAAAGCUCUCCAUCAACAACGAGGGCACCAAACUGAUGGUUCUUAAUAGCUUGAAGAAGAUGGUGAACCUGACUGAGCUAGAGCUCAUUCGCUGUGACUUGGAGCGCAUCCCCCAUUCCAUCUUCAGCCUCCAUAACCUGCAGGAGAUCGAUCUGAAGGACAACAACCUGAAGACCAUUGAGGAGAUCAUUAGCUUUCAGCAUCUUCAUCGACUUGUCUGCCUGAAACUGUGGUACAACAAGAUUGCCUACAUCCCUAUUCAAAUAGGCACUUUGACCAACCUUGAGCGUCUCUACCUGAACCGGAACAAGAUUGAGAAGAUGCCAAGUCAAUUGUUUUUCUGUCGUAAGCUAAGGUAUCUUGAUUUAAGUUACAACAAUCUAUCAAACAUCCCAGCUGACAUUGGAAGUCUUCAGAAUCUUCAGUAUUUUGCUGUAACUGCCAAUAGGAUUGAGAAGCUUCCUCCUGAGCUAUUCCAGUGUAAGAAGCUGCGCACACUGAACCUGGGGAAUAACUACCUGCAGUCUUUGCCAUCUCGUUUCGGUGAGCUGAUUAACCUCACACAGUUGGAGCUCAGAGGGAAUGGGCUCGAGUGUCUGCCUGUAGAGCUAGGAGAGUGUAAACUGCUGAAGCGUAGUGGCCUGAUCGUCGAGGAGGCUAUUUUCAAUACCCUUCCCACUGAGGUCAAAGAGCAGCUCUGGAGGGCUGAAAAAGAGGCAGUGUGAGAGCAGCACGCUUAUGAAACACGUUUUUGUAUUUGAAUCCAGAGCUUUCUGGAGAAAAAGAGCAUCACAGAGCAGGGUUUCAACAUUCAGGAUAAGAUCUUAAGCAGCAAUUAUUCAUCACAGUGGUGGAAAGAGACAAAACGCACUGAUGAGUAAAAGUACUGACACUCUAGUAAUAAUUCACUUGCAUAAUUGAACUAGAAAAGCACUCGGAGAGCGCAGGCCUCCGCCAAGAAUCCUUUACAAAAUUCCAGGAUCCAGACGGUGAUCCAGAUCACCGCCAAAAUUUAAUGGAGUGUUACUUGUGCCCAGUCACACCUCUGGAAAAAAUUUCAGAGCAAUCCGUUCAUAACUUUUUCCGUAAUGUUGCUAACAGACAAACAAACAAACCAGCGCCACUGAAAACAUAACCUCCUUGGCGGAGGUAAUUAUUAUUGAAGUAAAGUAAAAGUAGUCAAUCAAGAAAAUUACUUGAAUGUUUCCAUUUCUAUUCAGUUCCUAUGUUAAGUAACCACUUAUGUUAAGUGAACACACUUCAGUUAUUAAAAAUAUAUAAAGAAAGGUAACGUUAGCAGCCAAAUGAUGAGCUGGCUAGAUUGAUUACUUAUCUAAUUCAUGAUAAAGAUGCCCUUACACAUCUUCCUGAGUGUUACCUUUAGACCAGGUUUUCAAACUCAAAUUCUGCCCAGGCCACAUCAGCAUUUUGUGAGUCCUUGAAGGGCCUUACUGCAUGGCUAUUCAUUUUUUGGGCUGUCCAUCAACUAACACAAAUAAUCUAGGCUCUGAAAUUAGAAUAGGAUGUGUGUACAUGUAUAAUAUAUAAAUUGGACCAGGGAUUCUCAUCUGUCUCCACUGUCCUCACUGUUGCUGCUGUAGACUAAAGCAUUUGUCACCUGAAGUGGAGACACUUUGACAGAAAACUGCUUUAUUUCGAUUUGGUCUCAAAAUGUAUUUAUUUAAAAGUUUCACCUACAGUCAUUUCAUUGGCUUACAGUAUUAUUGGGUUAAAUCUAAUUAUUAUUAUUAUUAUUAUUAUUAAAUGGAUUCAAAAGUCAUGCAGAAAAGUUGAGUAUAUUUAAUAAAAAAACUCAAGUACUAUGAUUUAAUUAUCCUCAAAAUGAGUACUGUUACAGUGAACCAUGUACUCAAGUUCUGUAAUGAGAGCACAUUUAGUUUGCUACCUUCUACCCUGAUUAAUAGCAUGAAGGAAAUAACGUUGCAUUAAGCAGGGUGGUAUGAAGUAAAGCUGAAAGCACUGAGCUCUCUGCACUUUUGGUGUCUGGAUUCAGAAUUACUGAGACAGAAAAAAGAUCAAGAAGUGUAGCUCAUCUUUAUUCUCCAUGGUGGUGGUGAUACCAUUUAAAAUGAGUGCACAUAAUUACAAUUUUUGGUGAAUUAAUGUGUCAUGAGCACUUUAUGGUCUUGAUUGUGAAGAAUGAUCACAAAUUAUUAUUUUUACAGGACUACUUAAAAACAUAACUUGUAAGUCUGUAAAAUUUAAUAGUGAGACUUAUGAGCCAAGUUGGAGGGGGGCUUUUUUGUUUUUUUGAGAUUUGCAUUCUUAUUUGCAACUUAUAUAUAAACAUAUGAUAGACUUGGCUAAUGGGAAGUAUUAUCAGUUCAUUAUGUUAGUCUAACUGCAUGCAAGAAUUAAGUGUUUGUGGAUACGUGUGUGUGUGUGAGAGAGAGUGAGUGAACACCUUAAUAUAUCCUGACUGUCUUAGCACUGUAAUUGGCUACACAGCCAUUCUUAACAGAUAACUAUAAAUGUCAAAUGUCCUCUUAUGUGGAAAGAGUUUGUAUCACAGGGUUAAACAUGUUUAUCCAGUGCUCUUAAUUAUCAUUCAUUAAAAAGCAACCGUCAAGCCACAAGUUCAUAUGCUGUUCAUAUUUGUAAUGUAACAUAUGCCACUUUUUUCUACAGGUUUUUUUUUUCUUCUGGGGGGUCCUUUUCUUUCUGCUAUAGUAUGAGAGAUUUGGAUCAGUAUUCUGUGUACUGUAAAUGUUGUUUGAGUGUUUGCAUGUUUACAACACUCAAUUUAACAAUGCAAAUACGACAAACAUGCUGAAAAUCAUAUUCAUGAGCGUUUAUGUAGACGUUUCUCCCAUAUAUUGCAUAUGUGGGUGGAUAUGAUUUCUUAUAUAAAAAACUGUAUUAUUAUUAUUUUGUUUUUCAGCAUCAAAAUGAUGCUUUCACCUGUGCAUUAUUGUACACGUUUGAAUGACAAUGUGUCAACUAGAGUCUCUGUUCUUCUGUUACUCUGUGUUCAUGUUCAGUGUUUCACUUUUAAUGUUGCACUUAAGGUGACAUGGUGGUGUAGUCGUUAGCACUGUCGCCUCACAGCAAGAGGGUUCUGGGUUCAAGCCCAGCAGUAAUUCACAACAUAUCAUUUUAGUUUCGUAAUGAAGAAAAAUGCACUGCUGAUGAGACAAUCAGAAACAUUUUGUGAAGUGCCAUGUGGUCUGCUGACGUGUCAUUUUAUUUAAACUUCUUAUAGCCCACUUUCAGAAUGAAUGUUGUAGAUUAUGUAGCACUGACUUUGUGUAGCAUGUUAAACUGAUUCUUUCAUAUCCUUUCCAGAACUUUUUUUUUCAAUCAUGCAUUAUGUUACCUCAGUGUUGAAUUUAUAUUAGUAGAAUAUACAGUUUUCCCACAGUUUAACAGUUUAAAGUAUUACUCAGGUGAAUUCCACUCAGCUUCAUACUGACUGGUUCAUGAAUCUGUUUUUUUUCCCCCCAUAAGUGAUUAAGUAAAGGAUUUUCUUGAAAUGCCAUUUCUGAUACAGAAUAUUUAACUACUUAUAAAUAGAAAUGAACAUCAUUUUUUUCCAUGUACAAAGGUGUUUUUAUUUUUUCUUUAUUUUUUUUAACAGAGUAUUUUCUUCAGUGUUGUCCUAAACUACUAUUACCUACUAGUUUUAUAUCCUGUAACUAUACCACCACCUAUAAUCUUCUUUCUCUAAUGUUAAUGGUUAUAGUGAUGUGCAUAAAGGUAUACAGAUUGCAGGCUCCAAAAUGGCUUAAUCAAGUCCACUGAAAUAUUUCCAUAUGAUCUUAUAGUUUUAUACAUUUAAACACAAAUAAUUUGCAUCUACAGAGACUGCUCUUGGCAUUUAAAUGUGUGCAAUUCUACACUUCCAGUCCAUUACAGUGUAGCCAAUUUCUCCAGUUGACUAAAAGCAAUAUGAUUUCUCGUACAAUGAGUAUUUUUUUUGUUCUUCCAUUUUGACACAGGUUCUUGUUGGUUACCACAACUAUGAAAACAUGCUUGAUUUGCCAAAACAGCACCAACAAGUAUUGUAACAAUAUUAAAUAUGCUAAAUGUAUGUUUUAUUUAUCUGGCAUCAGUGUGUGAAUCUUUACAUCCUGAAUUGUUUAAUUACUGAUUUAUUUGUCAUUACAU